AUGGCCAGCGCCUCUUCAUACCGUAGAUGGGAACCACUCCCCAAGAUCCUCUAUGGCCUAGCCACCCAUCCCUUCUCGCCAGAGACCGAUCCGCUCGAAUCGUCCGCCGCCUUUCCCGAACUGCAAUCAGCGGAUGCCAUCCAGAACCUCAAAGACAACCUCAUCGCCCUCGAGCUCGGAGAUGAAGUCUACGUCUUCGAGCAGCUCGGCCACGACAAUGUCGGCUGGUAUCGAGGUUAUGUCGUGUCCACCAAUCGCAUGCCCACCACAGCCGCGAGUGCCAGCAGUCUAAGCGAUUACAGCACCUUUCAUGCCGUCGGCCAGCAGACGAGUGCUUCCGCCUCCGAGGAGCCGCAGGUCUAUGUUGGCGUCUUUCCGCCUACACACGUCCACAUCCGCGAGCAGCUUGACGAUGCAGAGAUGCGACUCGCGUCUGUGUACCAACACGCAAAGGAGCUUGGUGUCGUCGGUGCGACAGGCCCACUGCCACGUCAGAAUUCCCAAAUGGGAACGUUGGCCGAGGUGGAUGAAACAGCAGCCUCGUCGUCCAGCCCAAAUCCACAGUCAUCAACUCAAUUUGCUUCCAACGACGAUGCGAUUCAAGAGGUCGGCGUCAACGGUCACCUGGUGGAACGUCCACCUCCGCCAUUGCCAAGCCUUCAAUUCGGCGAUGCCACCCGAUCAGGCGCAAAUGAACCGCUGGUCGACGAAAUUGCAUGCGCACUGCGAGAGUGGUCGGCGCUCCUCUACAGCUACCUCGGUCAGCGUGACUACGGUCUCCUCAAUACCGUCAAGGAACAGAUCGAAGCGCUCUACACUGCGCGUAAACAGCUUCUCGCUCAAACUCUGUCCGCCGAGGAAGUCACCAAGCUCAGGAGGGAGUGUGUAGCUAGGCUCGUCAAGGCCAACGUUGCGCAAGGACUGGAUGUCAUCGUACGUCACCCAGGCCGCGGUGGUCUGGUCGACUUUGACCUCACUAGCAAGAGCGCAGAUCCAGACAGCUGGGUCAGCGGCAUUCGUCUAUCUGCACUCCAGGCCGCACUCGCCUAUGUGGAUCAGCAGGAGGACAACUCAUCGACUGCGGCCCCUGGCGGCAUGGAUCUGUCCGCUUCCAACGCGUUCGGCAUCACGUCACCGACGACCAACAGUGCCGGCGUACUCGCAGGCAUCUCCAACGAUCCUUCGCAACACCCAGGCACUACCUCCAGAAAGGGCUCGCUCGCGACCACCGCCCUCACCGCCAAUGCUCGCGCUAGCAACACCAACGAACCCGGGUCCUUACUCGCCGCCGCCGCCGCUGCCCAGUACUUCCACGUCUUCAUCGAACUCCGCGCAUUCGUUGCGACGCCAUGCACCGCUGGAGAGGUCGCCGAGCUGUACUUCUCCCUCUACAACCGUGCAGAAUCCCGCUUCCUCACCGAAGAGUUCUGCGUGCUCCUCAAUCACCGCGGAGUGCCGGCAACAGACUCGGUCGGCCAACUCAACAAGAUGCGGGCGCUGUUUACCGAGCUCAGUGCCAGCGACAUGAACGACCUCAACGUAGUAUGUCGCAUCGUGCGGAAAGGUGGCAUGCGCGUAGGAGACCUCCGAGCCAACCCACUGGGAGCGGCGGGUCAGGACCAGCUCUCGGAUCGCACCGAUACCUUCACCGAUCCUUCGCUGGCCAACACGCUCUCCUUCCGAACCAAGCGCAUGACGGGCGACCGAUCCUUCCGCAGACCCUUCGGAUGCGCUGUGCUCGAGCUCGGCCAACACCAUCAGUUCCAGACCGAUAUCGCUUCUUCUUCCACCAUGAAGGAACACGUCAUGCCGAUCUUUGUCCCCGUCCACGAGGCCGCAUUCAGCACGCUUCACCAGGACAUCAUCGCCUCCAGGACGCGCGAAUUCGAGAAAUCUCCACGCGCCGAUAUGUUGGUCGUCAACGUCAAGGUCUUCCAUGGCCAGACGUCAGCCGUCAUUCGCGAGAACCCCUCGCUGCUCCAAGAUACCCCACCUACGGCUCGUCUCGGUUUCCCAGACGUGGUCUUUCCAGGUGAUACUCGAAAUGAAGCCUACAUCAAGCUGUGGAGCGGCGAGUUCUAUCCCUCAGGAAACAAGAUGGCGGGCAACUCGCUAAGAAACAUCCAGGUCUCCGCCGAGGUGCGAACAAGAGACGGCCGAGUCGUUGAAGACGUUAUCUCUCGCGGUGCAGGCGAGUCCACCUUGACACAGUUUGACAGUCUCGUCUUCUACCACCAGAACGCGCCAACUUGGGGCGAGCUGAUCAAAUUGCAGCUGCCCCACGAUAUCAUGGAAGACUGUCAUCUUUUCUUCUCGUUCCGUCACCGCAGCUCAAAAGAGGAGCGCGGCGCCGUCGCCCCCAGCAACGGCGCCCAUGGCACUCAGGCCACGCAGUCAAGCUCGUCGGUGCCUGUAUCGCGACCCUUCGCUUACGGAUAUCUUCCCUUGUUCGAGUCGAAUCGAGCCUUCAUCCCGGACGGCAGUCACACGCUCUUCCUUUGGCGAACCAACAGGCCCGCGAAUCAGAUCGGUCCGGACCUCUACUUCAAUCUGCCCCCUGUCACAUCCUCCGGUCGCAGCCUGAACGACAUCGUGCCAGCCAGUCUCGCCUCGUCGGUACAGCCUCUUCGCGACAUUCUCACCUUGCGCACAUUCCUCGUCUCCACCAAGUACUCUCAGAAUGACGUUCUGCUCAAGCUGCUCAGCUGGGAGAGGUUGCUGGUCGAGGACUUCGAAGAGCUUCGAAGCGUGCUCAACCAAUUCACCUUCGUCGGAGAGGUCGAGAUCGUCAAGUUCCUGCGCGACAUCUUCGACUCGCUCUUCGGCGUGGUCACCAGCAGUCGCAACAGUCGUGGCGAGUUGGACGACCUCGUCUUCAACAGCCUCGUCACCGUGCUUGGCAUCGUGCAAGAUCGCCGCUUCAACAACUUCCGCGCCACGUUGGACGUGUACAUCGAGCAGCACUUCAAGUCCACAACGGCGCACGACAAGCUGAUCGCUUCCAUGUCCAAGCUGAUGGCCGAUCCAGCCCGGCCCGACACGUCCAAAGAUCUUCGUGCUGCGAUCAAGGUGUGGCCCUACCUGUUCAAGUUUGUCAUUCAGAGCCGCGAGAAUCAGCGAGGCGACCGCGACGUUGGCGGUGGUGCCGUCCUGGACCAUCUCGAAGCCAGCUUCAAGCGCGAGCUGGAAGGACUCCUCCGCAGCAUCAAUCAGCUGAUGAGCACGACCAAGCCUUCAUCGAUCAUCGGCACGCAGACCUUGGCGCUGCAACACUUUGCUGGCAUCUUGCCUGAUCUAGCGCGCGUCUUUACGACCGACGAGCUGGUCCGCACCGCCACUGCCUUUGCUGACAGCGUCUUCAUCGCCAAGGGCAAGAUGGUGAUCUGGAAGCUGCUUCACAUCCUGCAGCUCACCCAAGGUCCGCUCUUCGAGGAGCCCGCAUCGCGUUCACAAAUGAUCCCGAGCAUCGUCCGCUGGAUUGGCCCGCAUCUCGGUGCAUACGACGAAGCUGCUCAUGCGCCAGGCAACGCCCUCGAGAGCGCUCGUGAUGCAGCGAGAGUGUCGUGGUUGGAGUCUGCACGACUCGCCGUCACCAUUCUUGCUGUCAUCUUGGACCGUCUUCAAGUGAGUCUCGCUGCGGACCAUCAAGAGGCGCCCAAUGGAAAGCCAGGAAGCCGGGGAAAUGCCCCAGAAGAGCAGGACGACGUCGACUACCUGCUCAGCAUGAUGCCAAAGCUCCUCGAGACGUACCGCGAGCUUUCGAGCAGAGCCACCAUUAGGACGCUCGAGCGACAUCGCGCUCCGUCUACCACGCCGUCUCCCGUUCCAGUCAUCUUCCCUUCGAGCUACCCCUUCCCGCUGGUCGCCAGGCGACCGCAAGGCACCGGAUCGGUGGUCGAAGCAGCUUCAUCCCGCCGGAAUCGCCGACAGGAACGCUCAGAAUUCCUCAACUGCGGUCUGGUCGAGAUCAGUGCCGUCUUGAUGGUGCUCAUUGUGCUCAGCCCGAGGAAACAUCUGUCGAGCUUCCUCGACGAGGAGCGCGAUCUCGGUGGUGACGAGAAGACGUCCAAGAUCCUCUUCCACUUCUUCGAGGUCGCCACUUCGAUCCUUUCGUACGAUGCUUACCCAAGCACCUGGCUCAACCUGAACAUCUUCAGCCAUCAGAUGGUGCUCAAGAUGGCCGAUCCGAUCGCGUCCAUGAUGGUGCGCUACUACAUCCCCACUGCCGAGCAGAGCGACAAGUUCGACACGGUCCUCUGGCGGUCGUGCCUCACGAUGAUCUUGACCUUAUUGUCAAGCGACCAGCUCGUGAUCGAGCAGUUCAAGCCGCAGAGGCGAAGAGCGGUGUGGCGGCUGGCCGGCGACAUUCGAGGCGAAGGCGCCCAGAUCUUUGCCAAGCUGUGGACGUCGAUCGGAUGGCCAGAGAAGGCCGGAGACGACUCGGUCGAUGAGCAGACGAGCCAGUCGGACGAGCGAAUGAACACAGGCGGCUUCCAGGUCCAAUUCGUUCCUUCGCUGGUGGAGCCGGUGCUCGAGCUGUGUCUGUCGCACCAUGACGAGCUCCGGACGUGCGCCGUACGCGUGCUUGCCACCAUGAUCACAUCAGAAUGGCACCUCAACGGCGACUUUAGCGUCAUCGAGGCCGAGAUCAUCGACAAGCUCGACAUCCUCUUCUUGACGCAGACCAAGGGCGACGAGAUUUCGCGGGCCUUCUUCAUCGGUCAGCUGCGGGCACUUUUCGACAGUCCGAGCGUUGACGCUGCUUUGCGAGAGCAGGUGAACGCCUGCUUGAUCUCGGUGAACCGCUUCCUCGAUCUGCUGCUGAGCGUUCGAAGCUUGCCUCUGGAGGAAGGCUACGAGGACGAACGCAUUGCGGGCACGCUCAAGCUGCUCGGCUUCCUGCGACAGUCCAACAGGGUGACUGCGUUUUCUACGCACGUGCUGCGCCUCGUCAACCUGCACCUCGAGAACCACAACUACAUCGAGGCCGCACUCACGCUCAAGCUGCACGCCGAUCUGCACUCGUGGGACAUGGACAGCUUUGUCGAGCCGAUCCUGGAGCUCGACUUGCCGCGCCAGUCCCAUUUCGCGCGCAAGGAGACCCUCUACAUGCUGAUCCUCGACUUCCUCAGCAAAGGUCAGGCGUGGGAGAUCUCGGUGGACGUCUGCCGCGAGCUGGUGCAGCAGUACGAGUAUCGCUCGGUCAACUUCGCGCGGCUGGCCGAAGUGCUGCAGCAUCAGGCCAAGCUGUACCAGAAGAUCGCGACCGAAGAACGCUCCUUCCCCGCUUACUUCCGUGUCGCCUACUACGGUCAAGAGUGGCCGCCAUCGCUGCAGAACAAGAUGUUCGUCUACCGUGGUCACGAUCGCGAGAAGUUCGCGGCCUUCUGCGACCGCCUGCACGCCAAGCAUCCCAAGGCGACGCUGAUCAAGAGCGCUGCGGUGCCCGACGAAGCGGUGCGCUCGUCCGAAGGCCAAUUCGUCCAAGUCACGGCUGUCCAGCCAGAGCCCGAUCGUACCAAAGACAUCUUUACCAACCCAGAGGUGCCGCCGACGGUGCGUGCGUAUCACGAGAACAACGGAACCGACCUGUUCUCCUUUACGAGACCGCUCACCAGGGCUGGCGCGGCGUCCUCGGAGCAGUGGACCGAAAAGACAUAUCUGCGCUGCGAAGAUGCUUUCCCGACGGUGCUGCGACGAAGCGAGGUGGCCGAGGUGUACGUUGCCGAGAUCAGUCCAUUGGAGAAGGCGCUGGAAGACGUCAGGGCAAAGACGGGGGAGCUCGAGACCUUGGAGAAGAAGUACACGUCGAUGAGCAAGGCGUCGACGGGCAAGGUUAACACGAACCGGCUGUCGAUGGCGCUCAACGGGGCUGUCGAUGCUCCAGCGGAUGGCGGCGUGCCCAUGUACAAGCGCACCUUCUUUGCGUCAGACUACCUGGCGACGCACGAGGAUCAGCAGGAAGUCGUCGAGGAGCUGCGACAGGCCAUUGAUGUGCAAGCGACGGUGCUAUUCCGCUGCAUCCGCUUGCAUGCUCAGCUGUGCCCGCCGGAGAUGAAGCCUUUCCAUGACACGCUGGAACGCUUCUUCGUGCAAAACUUCAGCGAAGAGAUUCAACGUUUGGAUCUGGACGUGCGUAAGCUCGGUGAAGCAACGUCUGACUCGGUUGACCUUACAAACGGCAUCGGCGAGGACGACGCUAGCAGGUCGCCGGAACGUACCAUGACACGAGGUUUCACCACGGGCAUGGGCGCGAUGGGUCGAGCCGCGGUUGGCAAUGGCUUCUCGGCAGCCGAUGAAGGUCGUCAGGAUCUUCAAACAACUGCGCAGCCUGGCUAUGGCCGACGCGGCGAUACAUCGCAAUCGCCAUUGCAACGUCACAUUGCCUUCUUGACAAAGCAGUCCGAGCCUCUGGCUUCCCGCGAAGCACCGGCAGCGACAGCACCGGCAGUGGCAGUGACAGCGCCGGCGCCAACGGCAGCAGCGCCCGUCGCCAGUAGCGCUCUGACAACAACUGACUCGACCAGCUCCGCCACACCAGGCGCGACCGCCAUGUCCAUGGAACGAUCCAAAUCCGCCCGAGGCAGCAAAACGCUAGCCCCAAUCACCGAGGACACGCAAGGCGGAGUGGCCGACAUGCCCGCUGCAGCGCCCACGAUCUACAACGACUGGCGCACAGGCAACAGCUCCACCGCCGAUAGCGCGCUCAAGCAGUCGACGAUCCAACGAAACGACUCGGCCGCCGAUCUGAGCUCGAUCAAAGGCAGCACGGCGCCGAGCAAGCAGCCGACGAGGUUCAGCAAGCUCAUCGGGAGGAGGAAGGGGUCCGGAUCGUAG